AUGGAUCCUCAAGAAUUAGUCCCUUUGGAGGCUGGCGAACCCCGACCUCCACGGCCCUCAGUCGCCCCUCGCAACUGCUAUCUCGCCCCACGGUCCUGCUACAGAGUGCCACUUAAAUUAUGUCGUCUGCUGGCCAUGUUGAUCAUAUUACCCUGCCUAUUUAUAUUUAUACCUUUAUAUUUAAGAUACCGCGUGUUCUCCGGCCAGAUGUACCCAAUGAGCAUGACGGACAUGAGACUGAUAGAUAGUAAGAUUUCCACCACUUGGUGUCAGCGGCAAGUAGUACGAUCUAAUGCCACCUUCAACGCAUUUGUGGUCCCUGGCCCUCCAGAAAUGAGUGACGAAUUGGUGCCAGUAUCAAUGACGAGGCAAUUGGAGCUAGGAGAUGAUAUGAAGGAGUACUGGGGUUUCUACUUAUUAAAAGGAUCAUCGGUGACGGUGUCUACGUGUGUCAGACAUCCAGGUGCAUCUCUUAUCAUGAUUAAAGGGUACAAACACCUGCAAGACUGUGCCUACAUCGGUGAUGACUCUUCAGAAGAAAUUGAUGAGCUAUGGGAGGCGUACAGUUUAGGUUUGAUGACGAACAGCACACUGUUCGAGAAGAUACAAAACUUAAGAAAAGAUGAUGGAAAAGCGAAUGAUCCUGGGGCGAUGCGGCGACACAAAGCUGGUGUGAGUUUUCAUGAUCCAAAAAAAGCAACAAAUACGUCAUCACUAGAUGAAAAAGUCAAUACCGUAGCUGAUACUGACGCAGAUCAUGAUCCAAAAGAACUCCGAGCGAUUUUAGAACGCCUGCACGCUCUCCGCGAGGCAGCUAAAAAUCAGCAUUUCAAGAACUAUCAUCUGCCAUCAAAUAUUAUUGCGGUACCAGCUCUUCAUAGACAUAGGGACACCAAUGUGAACAUAGAUCAGAGAAAAUGGCUAUCUUUUCAAGACAUUGAUGGCAAUAAAAGUGAAAUAAAAGACGCAGUUAAAUUCAUCAAAGACGUUACAACAACCAUUAGGACUACAGUCAUUCAAAAAGAAGAAGACGAGAGAAAAACUAAAGAUUUUAAAGAAGAAUUUAAACAUAGCACAGACAAAGCAAAGGAACCAAAGUCUACUGAAGCUGAAAAAGUAAAUGAAACUAAAUCUAUUGAAGAUGAGAAACCUACUGAAUCUCUUAACGGUGGUGUUAAAGAGGAGAUUGAAUUAGAAGAAGUCACAACAAAAUACACAACAAAGAGUCCAGUAGAAAAUACAGAAGAACCGAACUCCAAAGAGGUAUUUGAAGACGUACUGCUAAGGUUACAGGCUCUAGGAGACAGAGGAAAAAGAGUACUGAUGAAACUACAUCAGACUAUGGGCGUUGAAUAUCAUGAAAAGGUACCACCCGCAACGGCCAAGUCAGAGAUAAUGUCAGCAGUCAAAGGGAGCGAUGAAGAAUUAGAUAGACUUAGAAAGGUUCUAGUUGAAGCAAUUGAUGAAGAGAAGAGUAGAGCAGAGAGAAGAAAAAAGCGUCAAGAAGCAAUGGAGCAAGCUCGCGCUAAACGAGAGACCAUGCUGGCACAUAUAGAGCUUCAGAAGUCCUUCAAUGAAGAUGACGAGGCCAGAGAUUACGCCGCAGAAGAGGGUCUGGAGCCAGAUGGUGUUGCAGAACACCACAUGCAAAUAAACGAAACAACUCCUCUAGACAUGAGUAACUCCGAGUUCUGGUCCUCAUUCUCCAGCAGUGAGGAGGCGUUGUUAGAGUGCGAAGGUCUAAUACUGAAUCUACCCUUGACACCGCAUUCCUCCUGUGUCAAGAACGCCUCUGAGAAUCUGUCUUUUGCUGCUGCACAAUCCAAUGCGCUCACCUAUAGAGUACCAGCAAAUGGCUACUACUUCUUCGUAUUUUCUUCGGAGAACGAGGUAAACACGAACUUCAUCCGCGCCCGCUUCGAGCUGCAGAAGACGCGCUACGACAUCGCGCGCUCCACGCUGCGCCGCUGCACCAACAGCACGCAGCGCUGCGACCUGCCGCUCGACAUCUUCUCCUCGCAGAAGGUUGUAUUGGAAUUGCCUUUACGCAACAACGACUCAUUGUGGAACGAGCAAUUUGUCAUAAUAUCUGAGUGCGAACCAAGAACUUCCAUUUACAUGGUGUGCGUAAUCGCUGUACCUAUUUUGAUUGUAGUUUUUGCUUUCCAAUGA